GGGGGUUUAAUCCAUAAGCUCAGUCUCAGCCCUGCACUGUCACUGCCUACUGGGAUUGAUCAGGGGUUUCGGUUCCGGUUCCGCCAGCCUUCCUUUCAGUUUAGUCUUGGAUCCAAAUCAUAUUUGUGGGGUCCGGGUCAAAGAAGUGUUUGAAGGGCUAGAGCUAUAUCGGCACUCUUGCUAGUGGCGCUGUGAAUGUUUCCAUUGUCAUCACAUUAGGCAAAGUUCAUAGUGGUAAAGGAAGCAAUAUGGUUGAUAGAAAAUCCAUGUUUUAGUGGGCAUCUAAUGAUGGGACCUCAGUCCACAAACAAGAUAUUAUACAGUCAUCUUUUUGUAACAACUCUGAAGAACUAGAAUCCUGUGGAAUGGAUUCUGAGACAGUAGUGCAUAAUGGGGGGUGCCACUGCAAGAAUGUAAGAUGGCGGGUCCGAGCUCCUGCUAGCGUUGUAGCCUGGAAUUGCGACUGUUCUAACUGCUUCAUGAGGGCUAACACCCACUUCAUUGUCCCUGCUGAAAUGUUCGAGCUUCUGGGAGAUUCCAGACAGUUUCUUACAACCUACACCUUUGGCACUCAUACAGCAAAGCACACAUUUUGUAAAGUUUGUGGCAUAACUUCAUUUUAUUUUCCACGUUCAAACCCAGAUGGAGUUGCAGUUACGUUUAGGUGUGUAGAUCCUGGAACACUAACUCAUGUUGAGAUUAAGCAUUUUGAUGGGAGAAAUUGGGAGAGCUCAUACAAUCAAACAGACAUAGCUUCACUCUCAAAGGUGAAAAAUCAGCCAACUUAAGGGCCAAAGUGAUCUCCACCAAUAUGUACUCAAAUCAGUUUAUAUUCUGACAAGAAGCUGCCAAUGGCAACAAUGAGUAUGCUUUGAAGUUGACACCAUUUUAAAUUUCGGUGUUAAAAGGGAUGGUUGUGGGUUUGUGGUUUUGUGGUUUUGGAAUCUACUUCAUGAACUUCUUCUGAACUCAUGGAAUCUGUUACUUGCAAUGGAAUUUUGUGUGAUUUCUUACUUUCAAUAUAAACUGAAUGUUGUUUCGUCCUCAGAAAAUGAUAUUUGGCAUAAUCCUAAAUCUGUUUUUGUAACUA